AUGUUCCCCGACUCACAAGCCCUUUGCAGCUUGACAGACGCUAGUUCGAAAGUCGGCAACUUCCCUUUCACGACGAUCGACCCUCAAAGAGCGGUCGGAUACCUCCAGGUCGACUGCGCCUGCAAGCGACAUGGCCUUACCGAAAGGUGCCGGCCGAACUAUGGUUCCUGCGUCGACGGCAAGAGAUCCGUGCCCAUAGAACUCCUUGACGUUGCCGGGCUGGUCCCCGGUGCACACGAGGGCAGAGGACUGGGCAAUAAGUUUCUGGACGACUUGCGCCAUGCGGAUGCGCUCAUACACGUGGUGGACGUCAGCGGGACCACAGACGCCGACGGCAAAGCCACUCGGGGCUACGACCCCAGUGUAGACAUCGAAUGGCUGCGAGGCGAGAUCGUUCGAUGGAUUCAAGGCAAUUUGAUGGAGAAAUGGGGGAGUAUCAAGAGACGGCAUGUCGCUGUGAAGGCCUCACCGGUGGAAACCCUCCAGGCACAGUUCUCAGGCUACGGCAGUACCAGCGCAGUCGUCGCGCGGUGUCUGGACAAAUUACAAUUAAAACAGCCCCUCGAGGAAUGGAGCGACGAAACCAUCCUCAAGGUCGUCAACGCCUUCACGGACGAGAAAUUCCCCACGGUGCUCGCCCUGAACAAGAUCGACCAUCCAGAUGCAGAUCGCAACAUUGCCAAGAUCGCAAAACAGCAGCCGGCGGACCGUAUCGUUCUAUGCAGCGCGAUCUCGGAAGUGUUCCUGCGACGGCUGACGAAGCAAGGCUACAUCAAGUACAAAGAAGGGGCGGAAUACCUGGAUACCCGGGAAGAUCUGAUCGAGCAGGGUGAUCCCAACGGUGGCGGACUCAAGGAGAUGGAUGACAAGUUGAAACAGCGGAUAGAGAAUCUCAAAGAUAUGGUGCUCUACCGGUUCGGCAGCACCGGCGUGGUGCAGGUCUUGAGUCGCGCAGCAGCAAUGCUAGGCCUUGUGCCAGUGUUCCCUGUGAGGAACAUCCACACGUACGGGUCGGGAACCGCUGGGUCUACGGCUGUUUUUAGGGACUGUGUGCUGGUGAAGAAAGGCAGCACCGUUGCGGAUGUAGCACGGAAAGUUAUGGGCGACGCUCCCAUUGCUUUUGUCGAGGGAGAUGGUGGGAGGAGGAUUGCCGAGGAUUCUGUAGUGGAGGCUGGGAAGAAUGAUAUACUGUCCUUUCAUGUCGGGCGGUAA